AUGCACCAUCCUCAAAUCACUCAACUCAAACCUGGCUGGCCCUCGACUUGUAACUCGAAAAAUAAUCACGGAAACUGGAAUAACACUAUGGAUGCUCCUCAGUAUCCAGGAUAUGCUUCACAUUACUGGUAUCCACAGUCUCACUCUGCUGAGCACUAUGCAAAUGCUUAUCCCUCAGGAUCAGACGUUCAGCCGCCAUACAAUCCACAGAUGAUGCCUGGAGGGUAUCCAAAUGGCCACGGAGUGUACAACCCUGCUCAAAGUCAGUACUCAACCAGUGGUUUCCACCCGUCAAAUCCGUUCUACUGCGCUGAUCCUCAGAGAAGCUCUUAUCCAAACCAAGCGUGUCCAGCUGAGCAGAGCGGUGGGCCAUCUGGGCAAGCACACCAACAUCAUCACUAUCCUGGUCCACACUGUCAAGGCGGUCCUGGAUAUCCUUCUGGCCCAUACCCACACUACAGUGAAGGUGGACAUGGAAUGCCUCCAAACACCCCGUACCCCACUGGCCAGCCUCUCCACCCAAGCCCUCAGGCCGAUGCUUGGGGGCACUCUGGUCCAUACCCUCCCACGCAGCAGCAAUGGCAACAUGGACAGCAGCCUCCACAAAAUCACUUUGCUAACCAUGUCCGUCCAGCACAUCCUCCAGCGUGGCCAGGAACUGGAACUGGUGCUCCACCACCUUAUCAGCCAAAGGAUCCGCAUCACCAGCGUGCCCCUCAGCCAGGACCUAAACCCAGGCCAGCACUGUCACCUAAUCCCCCCAAUGGAAAUCCUGCUGAAAUAAGUUCACCUCCCCAAAUUUACAUCAAGAACGGGAGAGGUGAUACUGUUCCUCCACAAUCUGAGACCCCACCAGCUUCUAGUCAGGCAGGACCUCAGCCCCUGGGCGACAAUCCCAGCCUCGCUAAAGUUCAGCAGGUUCUGUUCAGAGUUCAGCUUCUUCAGGAGGAUGUUGACGAGUUUGUUGGCAGAAAAACAGACAAGAGUUAUCGUUGUCUGGAGGAAUUGUUGACCAAAGAGCUGCUGGAGCUGGACUCUGUGGAGACUCAGGGACAAGAGAGUGUACGGCAAGCCCGGAAAGAGGCUGUACAGAGAAUCCAGACCAUUCUAGACCAGCUGGAGCGGAAAGCUUUCUGAACUGGACUGUGAGCCACCAAGUAUUCUUUUCUUCAUUCAGAUCUUCCAUGUAAUAAUUGAAGGAUCAGUUUGAUUCUACAUAGCGAUAGUUUUGUUUUUUUCCUCCAACACAAUGUUAUUAAAAAAACUUACAUGAUAUGUACCUGAGAACAAGUUGGAGCUCUUAUUCUAUAAACUCUUUAAACAGGACAUGAUGUUUGUGUAUAUAUCAUACGUAACUUUCAGCCUCCGUGAGUGACUGUGCUGGCUACACAAUCUGAAACUUGCACAUCCUCUCUUUUGUGUCCUGCCUUUACCACCAUUCUGCAGGAUGUGACUGGAAAACAGUUUAUUUAGCUUCACAUUGCAGCUGUUUGUGGUCUAACUCGUGAUAUGUGUUCGGACUGCCCCUCAGGACUGUGGCUCUGUUUUAGUCUGAUCCUACUUGUAACUUAGACACAUGCACUUCCUCAGCUGUCUACUGAGACAGCUCAGUCUAUUUGCAUGAUCAUAAUAUUGUCUUUUCCUGUGAUGGAUUCAGUAUAGCUGCCCACCGCCCCCUUCCCCUCCUUGUUUCUGCAGCAGUGUGUUUUCUGUUAUGCUCCAAGCCUUGCAUGCACUGUAACCUCAGACAGGCACUCAGUCACGACAUGUCGGAGCCAAUUAUUGACGCCAGAGUUGUAGCAGAUGAAUGAAAACCCUCUAAAGAUCGCUGUCCUAAUUGUUCCAUCUUGUGUUUGAAACUGCCUUCAAAGCACAGACAUUCAAUCUGAUCUACAUAUGAAUUUCAUGUUUUUAACCCUAUAAACUACCGUACUGUUACUGCACAUAGGUAAAACAAGGUUGCGUAAAAUGUUUAUUUUUCUUGCGCUUUGUACACUGGUAUAAAGGAAAGGAGGAAGCUUUAACAUUUUCUGUAAGGUUUUAUGCUUGAACACACGGUGGUUCAGCAGUAGUUCGAGCAAAUAUUAAUUUCCAACUUCCUGGGUCAAAAACCCAAAUGUGCACCACAGUCCAUUGUCUUGUGUAUACAGUAGUGAGUAGUUGUUUUUUUUUCUUUCACAUGCUCUUGUGUUGUUUUACAGCGGGGAAAGUGCCACAUUUAAGAGAGUGGUUUAUAUAAUUAGAAGAAGAAAAAAAAAACAAACUUUUGCAUGAAAUGUAUCAUCUGGGAUAUCUUUAAUUUUAGGUUAAUGUUUAACUUUAGUUGUAAUGCAUGUUUUCAACACAAGGUGGAAAUCUUUGCUUGAUAAACUUUGAAGUUAUUGCAAAUUGAAGAAAACAAUUAAAUGUCAGCUAUUUUCUUAA